AAGAUAAAUAUGGCAAUGAGUGACAAAAGAAUUCUCUGCGUCGGUGUGAUCUGCUUCGACGAAUUGUUGUACUGUGAAAACUACCCCGUCGAAGAUUCUGUGGAAAUGGUUGUUACUCGACAACUGAGACCAGGAGGGAACGCUGCCAACAACUGCGCCGUUCUGGGUGAGCUGGGUGUUCAGUGCGACUUGUUUGGAACGCUCAACAAUAAUUCACGAUCAGGAAGUUUUGUCACAGAGCAACUGGAGUCAUAUGGUGUAAACCUGAAACAAUGUGAGAUUGUAGAAGGCAAAGAACUACCUAUGUCGACGUGUAUAAUUAAUAAGAGGAAUGGAUCGCGAACGAUACUGCACCACAGUGGCGAUUGGCCUUGGGUUUCAUAUGAGGCUUUUCUUAAAAUAGAUUUGUCGCAGUAUACGUGGAUUCACCUGGAGGCAAGAAACUUCGACCAGCUGAAGAAAAUGGUAAAAAGGAUUCAUGCAUGGAAUUCUGAAGAGCGAAGACGUAUCCCGAUGUCACUGGAAAUCGAGCAUUAUCAUGACCAUUGUCUGGAAAUGAUACCCACGGCAGAUCUUGUUAUGGUCAGCAAGGAUUUCGCGAGGGCGCUCGGAUAUAAGUCAAUGUCUGAUACACUGGAUGGACUUCAUGGAUACCUCAAACCUGGAGCAACAUUGGUGGUGCCGUGGGGAGAGCAGGGAGCGGCUGCAAAAAGUCCUGAGGGCGUCUUUUUUGUCCCCGCCUAUCCUCCAGAGCGCGUGCUGGACACGCUGGGCGCUGGAGACACCUUUUGCGCUGCGCUGCUGUCAGCGCUGUCUGACGGCCAUCCACUGCAGCACAGCCUGCACUACGCCUGUCAAGUUGCUGGAGCCAAGGUCGGCAUGCACGGAUACCGCGGACUUCGGGACGUUCUCAGGGAGCGUGGUGUACGCUUUGUAGGCUUCAAUGUGCACUGUGGUGGUGAGCCUUUACUCGAUGGCUGUACUGAAGACAAGUGCUGCUCCCAGUCAGCGCUAGGUGAAAAUACCAUUGGUUGCAAUGCUCUGCUGCAAUUUGCAAAACCAAAUUGCGAGUAUCACCAGAAUUUGCUGCUGCUACUGCUGAAGAUACUUCAUGAUGUUGAUCAGCCAACGUACAUAACAAGAAUGGUAUGCCUUGACGAACUGCUGUACUGCGACAGCUAUCCCGUCGAAGAUACAGUUUUAAGAGUUCUUGAUCGGAAGUUGAGUUCAGGAGGCAAUGCUGCCAAUAACUGCAAAGUUUUGGCGGAAUUGGGUGUCAAAAGUGAUUUGUUUGGGACGCUUAACGUUAACUCUACAGCUGGGAGCCUUAUUAAAGAAGAACUGGAGUCGUUUGGCGUCAACGUGAAUCAGUGUGAAUUAAUUGAAGGCUGUGAAAUACCAAUAGCGAUAUCCAUCGUUAAUGAAGGAAGUGGAUCGCGAACAUUCCUGUACUACACAGAGGACUGGCCGGAGGUUUCGUACGAAGCUUUUCUAAAUAUAGAUUUGUCACAAUAUUCUUGGAUUCACGUAGAGAUGCGGAAAAAUGACCAGCUGAAGCAAAUAGUACAAAGGAUUACUGAAUGGAAUUCGAAACGUGCGGCUUCUGGAAAACACAGUCCAGUUCCAGUGUCUCUGGAAGUAGAGAACAACGAUGAUCGGUGUCUGGAAGUCAUGCCACUUGCUGAUUUCGUCGUCGUCAGCAAAGACUUCGCUAGGGUUCACGGAUACAACUCAAUGCCUGAGGCGCUGGAUGGUCUUUAUGGACGUCUGAAACCUGGGGCGACGCUGGUGGUGCCGUGGGCGGAAGAAGGAGCGGCUGCCCGAGGUCCUGAGGGCGUGUUCUUCUCGCCCGCCUUCCCUCCGGAGCGCGUGGUGGACACGCUGGGGGCGGGGGACACGUUCUGCGCUGGCCUCAUGCUGGCCCUGGCCAGGGGUCGGCCGUUGGAGCAGAGCCUGCGGUUCGCCUGCCAGGUCGCUGGUACCAAAGUCGGCAUGCGUGGCUUCCGAGGUCUCGGGGAUCUGCUCAGGCAGCGAGGCGUUCGGAUCGAGUAGCCGCCAGCUUCGCAGAUUACACGGUUCUGCAGCGUCAGCAUCUUCUUCGUCCAUAUCACUUCUUGUGUUACAAAAUAAACUUCACUGACUCUAUA